GCAUGGCCCUGCCUCUUUCUCCUUCUAUUGAGUCCUUGUUUUGAACUAUUGAUCAAACAGAUUUGAAGGGAUUUGUUGAAGCCUGUGUGGGGUAGGAGGAAGCAACAGAGUGGGGAGGAUAGGCACAUCUGGUUAUAAAUAGUUUCAGGAGGAACCUGCUGGUCAGACCCGGCUCAGCUGAUUUCAAGCACCUCACUCAGACUAAGGUUCGCUUCUCUUUCAGAAAAAGCAGUGACAAACUGACGACGUAUUGAGCUGCCAGCUUGGUGGAAGCUCUGCUGUGGGUGGAGAGCAGCCUCGCUUCGGGGACGCACAGUGCUGGGACCCUCCGGGAGCCUGGGGAUUGAAGGAUGGUGGCAGCCGUCCUGCUGGGACUGAGCUGGCUCUGCUCUCCCCUGGGAGCUCUGGUCCUGGACUUCAACAACAUCAGGAGCUCGGCUGAUCUGCACGGGGCCCGGAAGGGCUCACAGUGCCUGUCCGACAUGGACUGCAAUACCAGAAAGUUCUGCCUCCAGCCUCGCGAUGAGAUGCCCUUCUGUGCUACAUGUCGUGGGUUGCAGAGGAGGUGCCAGCGAGAUGCCAUGUGCUGCCCUGGGACAUUCUGUGUGAAUGAUGUUUGUACUACAAUGGAAGAUGCAACCCCAAUAUUGGAAAGACAGCCCGACGAGCAAGAUGGCACAGAUGCAGAAGGAACAACUGGGCACCCAGUUCAGGAAAACAAACCCAAGAGGAAGCCAAGCAUUAAGAAAUCACAGGGCAGGAAGGGACAAGAGGGAGAAAGUUGUCUGAGAACUUUUGACUGCGGCCCUGGACUUUGCUGUGCUCGUCAUUUUUGGACGAAAAUUUGUAAGCCAGUCCUUUUGGAGGGACAGGUCUGCUCCAGGAGAGGGCACAAAGACACUGCUCAAGCUCCAGAAAUCUUCCAGCGUUGCGACUGUGGCCCUGGACUACUGUGUCGAAGCCAACUCACCAGCAAUGGGCAGCAUGCACGGCUAAGAGUAUGCCAAAAAAUCGAAAAGCUAUAAAUAUCUCAACAUAAAGAAGAAUCCUCACUGCAUUCUAGCUCAGUCUUGGACAUGAACUUUCAAAUGCUUCCAUACAGAUCUCUCCUAAAAUCAAAUCUUACAGCAAGCAAAAUAGCCUCAAACUAGAGAAUUGAGAUGAUGGCCUUGUGAUGAAUGAGACUAGCAUUAGCUUUUUGUCUGUUUUUCCAGAAAACCAAUGAGAUUCUGUAACAAAAUAAUUUAUUUCUAAUCUAGGGACUCAAUUCAAAUCUUUAAGAAUUGAAAUUUAAGGUAUAUAUUUAAGGUAUACAGCGUGAGGUCUUGAAAUAAAUAUACUAUAGUUGAGCUACAUCUCUCUCUCCAAAUAACUCUUUAAGCAAUUUCUGGUGAAGGCUGGUGCCUGACAGUAUCCUAGGGGGGAAAAACGAUAGCAUCUGAGGUUAAAUUAAUUCUUUUAUCUUACCAGGAAAAAUUAUCACAGCAAAUACUGUAUUUUUCCUUAAAAACCAUUCAUUUCUUGGAAAGGAAAUGGCAUUUCAUGACAAAAUAAUUUGGUUAAUAAAGAAGUUUCAAAAAGUAA